AUGAUAAGUACUGCUAAACGAUCUGUCCUAUUGUGCUCGAGUCAUAGCACAUGUCCACUUAUAAUAUAUCGAAUGCAGUCUACUGUCCCUUUGCUGUCUAAUGAUUUAUAUAUAUCAAGAAUCAGAGCCAUCGCAUCCAAGCGAGAGGACGAUUUGAAACUCCAUUCAAGUACAUUCGAACCCAUACCUACAUUUCUACGAUCCAGAGUGAAAAGAGAUCUUGUUGGGAGGAUUAAUCUACGUGAAAAAAUGAAUGAAGAAGACAAACGUUACUUAAAGCAGAAGAUGAGCUCACUACAAUCGUAUCUAAAACUAGAUUUCAAUACAGACGAGUUGAUAUGCAUUGCCUAUGGAUCAACAAAUAUGGAAUUGAAGUUGAAAAACAGUAUAAUGGAGACCGACACAUUACGUGAGUUGGGCAAGUCAAGGUUCAAACUCAGUCUCCUCAAGAACACGAUCUUUAUCGAUGAUAGAUAUUUGACUGCUACUCCUUUGGAAUUAAGUUCAGAUUUGGACGUUUUCAACAAUGAAGAUAUUCUUUACGAGUUUCUAAAAGUAAAUCAACUACACAGACACAGUUUGCUUAACCGGGAAUUGUUGAUCAAUAUACAGCUACCGAGAAAAGAGUAUGUAAUGAAACGGCACAUGCUUUGGAGGCAGGCAGCCAUUGGCAGUUUCUAUACCAUGUUGGGAAUAGUUAUGGUCAAGUAUCACAACGGGAAAAUAUUGGACAAAUUGAUAACUGACAAAAUAAUCAAUGGCAAAAGAGGUGUUAUUAAAAUAGUACAAAGAAAUCUAUAA